AUGGCUGGACUUUCCACCCUAUUCAUUAAGAUAUUUACUUUUAGAAGAAAACGAAAACGUAGAAAUAGUCUCCAAACUCGUAAUGCCCCCAAACGUAAUUUUCUUAGUCGUAGUCGAAGCGUUCACACUAAUCCAGUAAACGACAGUACUAACCAAAUCUACAAAGACAGAACCUCUGACGUCUCUGAAGUCAGCAUUGAAUUGGUGCGUCUCGACACACUUCCCAUUAGUUCUCCAAUAACUCAACCGAGCACGCAACGCGAUACCCAAUACUCUGACGACUAUUCGUACGCAAGACUACCCCCAAUCUCUGUUGAGCGUGCUAGCUUUUCACCGUCACAGGAAGAUUCACAAGAGCCUACGGUUUCGUCCCCUCCUCGCGAGUCGCAGUCCGUCAACGACACUGACUCAGUUACCCUUGUCAAGACACCAACCGCAAGUACCUCCUCAACGCUUCUCGUUACUACACCCUCAACCCCCACAUAUCGUAAAGGACCCUGGCCUAUUUCAGCACGUCCGCUCAGUGGUCGAAGGGAUUGGCGUAGCGGCUAUAAGCCAAUAGAUAAAACGAUCCAGGCAAUUCGACUAGAAUAUCCUGAACCAGCUCAUAAUCUCGUAUGGGUACCCUUCGAAGAGUUCACCAACCUUCGCUUUGUUGCUCGUGGUGGAUUUGCUGCUGUUUAUCAAGCAACAUGGUUAAAGACAGCACAGCGAAUAGCUUUGAAAGCAUUGGACGACUCACAAGACAUAAGCGAGGCCUUCCUUGAAUCGGUGAAGACACACUGGGAGUUAUUCUCCCAACCUUAUUUUGCCCGUCUUUACGGUUUCACCCAAUUACCUGACACAGGUGAAUUCAUGCUAGUUAUACAGUAUGCUCCAUACGGUAACUUGCAUGUGUUUUGUCAGAGAAACCAAAUGUCAGGAUGGAAGGAUAGAGUACGAAUAUUAAAAUGUAUUGCUCACGGAAUCGCAGAAUUGCAUAAAAAAGGUCUUGUGCACGGUGACUUACACCCAGGGAAUAUACUAAACAUAGACGGAAAUAGAUUUGUGAUAGGAGACGUAGGAACCAGCGGCCCAGCCAAUGCUAUGGUUCGUCGUAAAGCAAUGUACGGUGUGCUUCCUUACAUCGCGCCAGAAGUACUCAAAGGGCAAGAGUACACUAAACGAGCUGAUAUUUAUAGUUUUGCGAUGAUAAUGUGGGAACUAGCAGCCGGAUUCCGACCAUAUGCAGGACGACCACAUGACCUGUUCCUUGCUAAAGAAAUUUGCGAUGGGCUUCGACCUCCUGUUCCUGCCGGUACACCAAAGUUCUAUGAAGAUUUAAUGAAAGCAUGCUGGGAUCCGAAUCCUCGAUUGCGUCCGGAUUCGCAAGAAAUAUUACAAACAGUGUUUAAGUGGAUGUUGAAUGAUAUGGUUGCGGCGAGUCCAAGAAGGGAUAAAGUUUCUAGGUCUGUACUUUCGUGUUUGGAUGAAGAUAUACAUUCGAAUGCGUAUUACUUUAGUCGGCUGCUACAAUGGCCACAUCUUCGGGAAGGCAGAGAAACUGUCGCAUCUCUUAUGAUUCCUAGAACUCCGGCUAAGAGCUAUUAUCUUCCAGACGAAAGACAAAGUAAUUAUCUCAAUCUUCCCCAACACAUUUAUCAAUUUGGAUUUCAUGGCCGGGCUUUGUUAGGACCGGAACCAAAAAAAUCCGAGAAUGCGGACGAACCUAAUUCAAGAAGACGUAAGACAGAUUCUCAAUGCGGAUCUGGUGAUUUGGGAACGUAA